AUGCGCCGGGCCAGCAGAGACUACGGCAAGUACCUGCGCGGCUCGGAGGAGAUGGGCGGCGGCCCCGGCGCCCCACACGAGGGCCCGCUGCACCCCGCGCCCUCGGCACCCGCCCCACCGCCGCCCCCCGCGGCCCCCCGCUCCAUGUUCCUGGCCCUCCUGGGGCUGGGGCUGGGCCAGGUGGUCUGCAGCGUGGCUCUGUUCCUGUACUUCCGAGCGCAGAUGGAUCCUAACAGGAUAUCAGAGGAUAGCACUGACUGCAUUUAUAGAAUCCUGAGACUCCGUGAAAACACAGGCUUACAGGACACGGCUAUGGAGAGUGAAGACACGGAAGCCCUCCCGGACUCGUGCAGAAGGAUGAAACAGGCCUUCCAAGGAGCCGUGCAAAAGGAAUUGCAACACAUUGUUGGGCCACAGCGUUUCGCAGGAGUCCCAGCUACGAUGGAAGGUUCAUGGUCCGAGCUGGCCCAGCGGAGCAAGUCUGAGACUCAUCAGCCUUUCGCUCAUCUCACUAUUAACGCUGCCAACAUCCCAUCCGGUUCCCAUAAAGUCAGUCUGUCCUCUUGGUACCAUGAUCGGGGCUGGGCCAAGAUCUCUAAUAUGACUUUAAGCAACGGGAAACUAAGAGUUAACCAAGAUGGCUUCUAUUACCUUUACGCCAACAUUUGCUUUCGGCAUCACGAAACGUCGGGAGACCUAGCUACAGAGUAUCUUCAGCUGAUGGUGUAUGUCGUUAAAACCAGCAUCAAAAUCCCAAGUUCUCAUAACCUGAUGAAAGGAGGAAGCACCAAGUACUGGUCAGGAAAUUCUGAGUUCCACUUUUAUUCCAUUAACGUUGGAGGGUUUUUUAAGCUCCGAGCUGGUGAAGAGAUCAGUGUUCAGGUGUCCAACCCUUCGCUGCUGGAUCCAGAUCAAGAUGCAACGUACUUUGGGGCUUUCAAGGUUCAGGACAUCGACUGAAACUGGUUUUGUGGCACAUUCAUCUGUGUAUCCUAGAUGUUUGGAAACUUUUCAAAAAAAAAAAAAGAUGGAAGAUGUAUAUAGGUGUGUAAGACUACUAAGAGGCCUGGCCCGCACUGUACGGAACUCCGUGUCCUCUCUCUUGGCCCUGUGGAGGUCACGUGUGUGUAAAGAUUAGGGGAUGCUAGGCUCACGGAGGUUCACAAUGGUUUUACAAUUUUGUAAUGAAUUCCUAGAAUUAAACCAUGUUGGGAGAAGGGUAGUGACACUUGUGAAAAAGCGCACGUGAGCUAUGGAAGGGGUCACCGUCUGUGGUUUUAACUCCUGGCAAUGUGCCACUGAGAACCUCAAAAUUAAGAGGGUGCCAUGGUCUGAAGGGUUAAGUUCUUUUGAAUUGUUACAUCUUGCUGGAACCUGCGAGUAGGUAUACUUUUCUAAUGAGGAGAGAAAUAUAUAUGUAUUUUUUAUAUAAUAUCUAAAGUUAUAUUUCAGGUGUAAUGU